AAGGCCAGUAUAUAUAACAGUACUACAUACUAAUUCAUAGAUCAAACUAUAGGACAGUAGACGUUCAUCGUGUCAACAUGGUUGCAAAGUUGUUUCUUGUUUUAGAAUUCGUAUUUUUAGCAUCUGCUAUAACGCAGAUUGAAGAGCAAAUACCUUCUGAUUUCUCACAGCCAGAGACGAGGAUUGUUGGUGGAUCACCAACCACUAUUCAAUCCUACCCGUUUGCCGCACCUCUUCUGUUAUCCGGACGUCUUGUUUGUGGUAGUUCCAUCGUAUCCAGAACUACUCUGGUCUCAGCAGCUUCGUGCUUACCAACCGAUGGUGCCACGAAUGGAUACCAAGUCCGAGUCGGUUCAACCAGGUAUAACAGCGGUGGAAGAGUAAUCAAUGUGAUUAGAUUCAUCAUCAAUCCAGGCUACAAUCCUGUCACCAUUGAUAACGAUAUCGGUCUGAUCAAGGUGGCAGCUCCCAUACGAUUCAGCGCCACAGUUCAACCUGCAAACCUUGCUCCCGCCAACCUGGUUAUUCCUGAUGAUUUGAUAGUUAUAACUAUUGGAUGGGGAGCCGUUACACCGGUUUUGCUAGGCAACGCUCCUUCAGAAGAGCUCCAAAGUGUUGCACUCAGGACAACCAACAUAGCUAGAUGCCAAUUAAUAAACGCCAUAGUUGACCCUACUACAAAAGUAUGUGCAAGAGCGACUUCCACCAGGGCAGAAGGUCCAUGCAACGGUGACGGUGGAUCUGCUCUGCUCUUCAACAAUGUGGUUGCAGGCCUCACCAGUUUUAGAAAUGGAAUAGCUACUUGUGGGACACUCGGCUUUCCAACCGUCUUCACAAGAAUUUCUCCAUAUUUAGCGUUUAUACGAGCCAACUCUUAAGAGUUAUUUAUGUACUACAUAGGUAUGCUUUAGUUUUCCUUAGCUUACUUAAAAGGUAAAAAAAAAGAUUCCGUCGAAUUGAGAACCUCCACCUUUUUUGAAGUCGGUUAAAAAGUAGUUUCUCGCUAAAAUGCGCGCGCGCCGCACUGCCUAUACGCGGUACAUAACUACAUACGACCUCGUUACGGCGAACUGAUAAUGAAAUAAUUCAAAUACGAGUGAAACCUAACUUCCUAAAAAAUUCCACGGUUUUUUUUUUCUUUAUGUAAAGUUUUAUGUAAAGUAUACCUUACGCAGUGUUACAAGUUUAUUGAUUCACAUAAUAUGAUUACAAUAAAAUGAAGCUAAAAAUA